AUGGCAACCAGUAAUGAAUGUCAUUCAAGUUUAUCAAUGUCGGAGUUGAGGGAAACAGUAAGCUUUGCCAUAAAUGUAGACAUAAUUCAAAACUUAAAGUUUCAAGAAUUCGUCAAAAAAUUAGAACAAUCUCAACAUGUCACCAUUAGUUUGGAUGGAAUUCAUGAAUUACUGUCCAUCAGUGGUAAGAAAACAGCGAUCAACCAUUCGGUAUCACAAAUUAAUAUUCAAAUUAGUAAAAUAUCUUCUCAUUCAACAAAGGAAAGCAGAAAACCUCCUAAAUAUCAUCGACCAAAUUCAAGUAACAAUCGUAUUGAUCAAAUAUCAUCGAAUACGAUUGAACUAAGUACUGCCAAAAAUAAUUUUCUUGAAUUUUUUGGCCAAAAAAUCCUAAAUAAAAUUCGUAAAGAACCUGGUAUUAAUUCUGCAAAUUUUAUAAAUGGUAAAUUACAACUAUCAGGAAACUGUUCUGCAGUAACAAAGGUAAAAUCUUACCUCGAACAAACACUUCAUGAAAAAAAUGUGCCGGUUACUUACAGCAUAAAAAAUCAUCUAGAAUUAUUACGUAGCGGACGUAUGCUGAAAGAAUUUUCGAAACAAUAUCAUGUAGGAACUUCUUUACAAGGAUUACGUCGUCAUGACAAAAAUAAGCGUAGUAGAAUUCAGAAUCAUCCGAUUCAUGUUAAUACCACAGAUUCCAGUUAUGUAAGAUGUGGUCAUAACGUCGAUCGUGGUCAACAUGGCUCUAGACAAAAUAGUGUUGAUCGUGACCGAAACCUUGACUAUGACCAACAACGUGGUGGUUAUGGGAGAGGUAACCGUAGCCGUGGUCAACGUGGAAGAAGAAGCUUUUCUGGGCAACAGUCUUCUUUACACAGCGUUGAACACUUGGAAAAAUUGCACUUAAAUCCCAACGAUACAAAUACAAGUGAAAAGAAUAUUGAUGAUCACAAGGUGGUUGAAAGCCAAAAGCAAUAUGAUGCGAAUGAAUGUGAUGACGAAGCAAAAGAAGAAGAUGAUGAUGACAAAAGUGAAACUUCGGACUCUGAUACAUCGUUAGCAUCAAAUCUCACAAUCAAUACUGACAGGGUCAAAGAUUCUCAUGAUCCUGCUCAACAAUUUUUUGACAUAACAUUGUGUAGUGACUCUGCCGAUUCCUUAUCUAAAGCGUCAACAGAACUACAAAGUUAUCGUUUGUACACCGAAUCAUGGGCGUUAACAGUGGACGAGUUUACAUUCAUUUCAAAACAACAGCAGCGAGGUAAACCCCAGCAAAACAAUAAUUCAAUCCUUGACCAAUGUUUGCGAAUUAAAUCUUAUCUUGGACAAUCUGUACACAAUCAUUUCAUACAUAUCUUUGUGUCUUAUAGCAGAGGCAUGUGGCAUGUGAAAGUGAGAGGACUAAAACAACACGUAUAUUCUGCAGUAUCUAAAAUCAAAAGUUAUUUGAAUGAUGUAGUUGAAACUGAAGUACAAAUUCCUAUUUCAAAUGCUAUGGCAUUCUUUCUUAGAACAAAAGCUUCGUCUGACAUCAGCAAACUAGAAAAAAAGCAUAACAUUAAAAUUACGAUCUUUUCUCCACCUCGUCGCAAACACUUGAAUGGCGAUAAUGAUGAACAGGAUAAUGAUAAUCAUUGUUUAAAACUCGUUGGUUCCAUUUCACGAAUUAAUUUAGCACAAGUAGAAGUUCAAAAUUUUCUUGAAAGUUUAUCAGAGCAAGAACAACAUUUUCCAUGUGAUACUUGGGAUCUUUCAAAGAAUAUUUCCAAAAAUAUUUUAACACGUCUGAGAAAAAUACAAGAUUCAAAUGACUAUGAAGCAAUAGGAUUGAUAAACUUUUAUAAUUCAGCAACUGAAAGAAGAGAAACAACACCAAAAGUUACUUUUACAGUGGUUAGUCUCAAUGAAGAAACGGCAAAUGAUGUGAUUCAACAAUGUAAAGAUAUCAUAGAAGGAUAUGUUGUGUGGAAACCAUCUUCGGAUGAUUAUCGCGCCCUAGUUAGCAUAUUGUUAGUACAAAAACGACCACAUAUUGAUCAAUUUCGACAAGAAUGGGACACUAACGUACAGCUCGAAAAAGAAACCAGUACUGUUAUCAUUCCUGCACGAUCAAAAAUGAUUUCAGAUGAAAUAAAAGAAACUUUGCAGAAUUUAGCUUUAGGAAAAGCAACUCGAAUGAAUCGUAUUUCUAUAACCAUUCCGAUUCAACAGAAUAUUCGUCGUUUUGUUAAUCAGGCUAUUCAUUCUUUACUAGAAGAAGCAAAAAUUCAAAGAGUUUUCGUUGAUUCUAAAAAUCGGAAUGAAUUGACCAUUCGUGGUUGUUCUGAUGUUGUAACUUCGAUCCAAGAAAAGAUCAAUGUUAUUAUUAAAGAUAUCAAACAACGGAUCAUUGUCAGCCGUUUAAGAUUACCAUUCGUCGAAUCAGAAUUGAUUCGAAUUAAUUCGUAUGAAAUCGUAAAACGUAUCGAACGUGAGACGAAUACUAUCAUUCGAGAUGUUAAAAUAAGUGCAAACAGUUCAACAUCAUCUGUAAAUGAUGAUAAUAUUACAUCGACUAUAACGUGUGUUGUGAAUGAUCGUGGUCAAACAAUUCUUAUAAAGAAAGGUGAUAUUACAAAGAUAAAAGAUGUUGACGCUAUUAUAAAUGCUGCAAAUGGACCAUUGUAUCAUGCAGGAGGUGUAGAUAAAGCGAUUGCUGUUGCUGCUGGUCCUGCACUAGAUCAAGAAUGUAAAGAAUUAAUUGCUAAGAAUGGAGGUGUAGCAAUUUCUACUGGUAAAGCAGUUAAGACAACAGCUGGCCGUCUCCCUUUCAAAGGUGUUAUUCAUGCAAUUGGUCCUCAAUAUGCUAAUGGUAAUCAACAAGAGCGUUCAUUAUUAUUCUCAAGUAUUUUAUCUAGUUUACGACUCGCUGAAGAAGAAGGCUAUAGAAGUGUAGCUUUACCAGCCAUUAGUUCUGCGACCUAUGGUUUUCCGUUGCAAGACUGUACAAAUAUCGUUAUUCGUGGAGUAAAACAAUUCUUUGCCGAUGCUCCAAAAUCAGAUCUAAGCAAAGUAAUUUUAUUAGAUAUUGAUGAUUCAGCUUGUAAUUCAUUUGCACGUGAAUUAGUCAAUGAUCAUACAAAUGCAGUCGAUGAUGAUAUUAUUAACUAUGAAUUACCUCCUCCGUUAGCAGCUAAAUGGAGUUGGGAAGACAAUAAUGGCGAGAAAAUCUAUGAUGACAAUCAUACACGUCAAAUUGAAACUGCAUUUCAACAAUAUUUGCAAACUUUCAUUCCGUCGACAUUGAAUAUUACUGCUGAUAAUUUAAAAAGUGCUACUAUUGUCCGUUACAGUAUUCAUUUUUUUUCUAAUUUGAAAGAAAUAUUGACAGCUGAGUCAAAUGCGCUUAAUAAACGUAUCGUAUGUGGAUUUCAAAUGAGAGAAAAUACUGGUUUUAAACGAUAUAUUACACGCUACCCGCUGACGCAACAAGUACAUACUAAAUAUAUUACGUAUCGUCCCAAGCCAUUGGAUAUAUAUCAUUUGCAAAUAGAGACUAAAUCAGACGAUUGGGAUAUUAUUAGUAUCACCAGUACAGCAGUAAACCAAGCAGAGACAGAAAUUAGGAAAAUCAUUGCAUCUGCCACUAUUUCAGAACCUUUCUCCGUAAACCUAAACGAAGACAUUGAUGCUCAUAAAAAAGCAAUUACUAAUAUUGUAAUUCAACAACUGAUUCAAGUCGAUUUUCUAGAAUAUCGUGGAGGAAAAUUAUCAUUGAUAUUAAAAGGUUUACAUCAAAAUGUAUUACAAGCAAAGUUAAAAAUUGCUCUAUAUGCUCAAGAUAUUUUAAAAAUGGAAGCAGACAAAGAUGAUGAAUUGAGUAUACCUAAAGAAUGGGGUGAACAGGAAGAACAAUGUAAAUUAGUCAGAUUAUCCCCAAAUCAUCCUGACUUUGUUCGUAUUACAAAUCGUAUGAAAGAAACUAUAAGCAAUAUAAAAAUCGAUAAGAUUGAAAGAGUACAAAAUUUAAGGUUGUGGAAUCAUUAUGCAUUUCGCCGUCGUACUCUUCAACAAGAAUUAAAUAAUCAGCCUAAUUUGCACAUUGAGAUGGAGUUAUUUCAUGGAACUAAAAGCACAUUACCUAGUGAAAUUUAUAAUGGUGAAUAUGGUUUUGAUAUGACAUUUAGUACAAAGGGUAUGUGGGGUAUCGGCACAUAUUUUGCUAGAAAUGCCUCGUAUUCUUGUCAAGGCUAUUCUCAUCAACUGCCUAAUGGUAAACGCCAAGUAUUUUUAGCUCAAGUAUUAACAGGAGAAGUUCAUGAUUACAAGGACAAAAGCGAUCAGACAUUGCGUCGACCUCCUAAGAAAAACGAAAGCAUAUCAGGUGCACGUUACAAUAGUGUAUCAGGUAAAACAGGAAACAGUCAAGUUUACAUUGUAUAUGAAAAUCGUGUAGCUUAUCCCACAUUCUUGAUUACUUUCGAUUAGUGAGUUUUCUUCUUUGUUUUGGAUAUUUUGCAUUGAUUAUUCAAGUUCUUUUCUCGAACAUGUAUCAAUCCAGUUGCUAUUGAAUUUACCCUUUUUCACCUUUGAAAUAAAGAUGAUAACAUAUUCGAUCUAAUCGACUCGUUUCUUUUGAUAGCCAGCUUGCAGAAUUGAUGAACAACGCAAUGCAGAGAUAUGACGAUUUUCAUCCGCUACUGUUCAAAUCGAGAUUUGUUUCCUCAAAAUAGAUGCUGCAGUGUAGUUGAGAACAGUUUCCCAAAACAAGAUUUGUUUUUCUGUUCAAAUAAAUUUGAAUCGACAUUUGCCAACAAAUUGCUUUGUCAGCUCUUGAACGAACGUUGACAUGAAAUGCGUACAAGUACAAAGGUUUCUCGUGAUAAAUCGUCAUGUCAAAUUGCCCUUAUUGAUACCCUUGAAAACAGUCGAAGAAGGCAUUUGUUUGUUCUUCAGCCUACCAGUUCGACUACUCAUGCGAUGGAUGUUAAUGAUUCCUCUAUCGCAAUUCUCUGCUCUUCUAUUUUCUCGAAUGUUUCCAUUUGAUUGUCGACAGAUGCCUCAUCCUUAUGUGGAUCAAAGUGUGUUCGUCAUCACGUGCACCACAUAACAGAGUAAAGGAAUCAAUCAUGGCUAUGCAAGGAAAGUUAAAAGUCGACUCGAGUAUUUUCCUCAAACAUUCACUCAUUGGUAUUUGUCAAUCUUCAAUAUAGUCUUGCCCGAUAGAGCAUAAAAAACUACACUGGAAACAUUAAUAACUAGGUUUAUAACCAUUAUCUUAAAGUUUAAAUCCCAAACAUUUCAUUUUUGUCAUAGACAAGGACAAGGAAAGUCGGUAUUUCUCUCAAAUAUUCGCCCUGAAAAUGUUUGCCAUUUCUAAAACACACUUUUCCAGAUGCAACUCGCCAAGCUCUAUCCGGGGACUAUGCUUCGGAAUGAUUCAGAAGAAAUUUGGGCCCUCCGAGACAUAAGUUUUGCAUUUAGUUUUCAAUGAGUUUUUGGACAACAUUAGCGAUAUGAUUCGCCACUAGGCCUUGCUUGUUGUCACAGUUGGCAAGGAAAACGUCGACAUGCGCUUCAAGUUGGCAGAUAAGAACAUCAUUAAAAGAGCUCUCACUCACUUUUGAAUGAGUUGUCAUGUACUUUCCCCCGUUUGCAUUAAGAUGAUGCGUGCUACAAACAUAAACAGAUGUCACCAUUUUCGAUUGCUGAAGUUUUUUCAAAGACAUAUCUUUGUCUGAGCAGCAUAUACAAACAGAGCUUUUCAGACUUUGGAAUAAGAUCAGUAAACGUGUGUAUCCAAAAGGUUCCAAACAGCAAUCUAAGUAAACAAGUAAACCUUUCAUGCCCAGUGAAGCGACACAUGAAUGUUUGGAGUUACUGGGGAUACUCCAUUGACUUUUACGUCAACUAUAAAAGCGAACUGGAGUCGGUUCGAUACGAUCGUGAUUAUAGUUUAAUUCAUGAUCAGGGUUAGCCGCGAUGGGCUCAAAAUCUUGUUGCAAGACAUUCAUGUCAACGCCUAAUUAAGGAGAAAGUUAGUUUUCUUCUGUUCUUCAGCAAAUUUAAAUUAAAGAAAGUAUAUACAAGAAGAAUAUAUAUAUAAGAAGAAAUAUUAACAGAACAGAAAAAACUAACUUUACGGCAACAAGACCAACCCUAGUCUGGCAUGGAUGCCAAAAUGCAAAUCAGAAAAUGAAUUAUUUAGCAACGAGCAAAGCUAUAAUAAAAAUGGUACU